AGGGUGAGUCAAAAGUGCCAAGUCCUGGCUCCUGAGGACUUUGUUCUUCCACUAUUAACCCGUCCACGGCUCAAAGAAAAGUAUCAACAGUAUGCAUUUGCUGAUUACGUGCGCAGUCACCCACAGUUGCGCUUCUGCCCUGGACCUAACUGUAAUAUUGUAGUGCAAGCCAAGGAGAGCCGGGCAAAGCGCGUGAAGUGUACGUCCUGCAAGACUCAGUUUUGUUAUAAAUGUGGAUCAGACUAUCAUGCCCCAACAGACUGUGAAACCAUCAAGAAAUGGUUGACCAAAUGUGCCGAUGAUAGUGAAACGGCAAAUUACAUCAGUGCACAUACCAAAGAUUGCCCCAAGUGCCACAUCUGUAUUGAAAAGAAUGGUGGAUGCAACCACAUGCAGUGCUAUAAUUGCAAGCAUGACUUCUGCUGGAUGUGUUUAGGCUGCUGGAAAGCACAUGGUUCAGAAUAUUAUGAAUGUUCUCGCUACAAGGAGAACCCCAACAUUGCCCAUGAGUCUGCUCAUGCCCAAGCCAGGGAAGCCCUUAAGAAGUACCUCCAUUACUAUGAGAGGUGGGAAAAUCAUAGUAAAUCCUUAAAGCUUGAGGAAGAGACUUUAGCGAAAAUUCGUGAAAGGAUUCAGAACAAGGUGAUGGCAGGCACGGGUACUUGGAUUGAUUGGCAGUACCUUCUAGAUGCCGCAGCUCUUCUUGCGAGAUGUCGAUAUACCCUCCAGAACACGUAUCCCUUUGCCUAUUAUCUUGAGUCUGGACCCAGGAAAGAUCUGUUUGAAUACCAGCAAGCUCAACUAGAAGCGGAGAUCGAAAACCUCUCCUGGAAGAUCGAACGAGCAGAGAUGACCGACCGAGGUGACUUGGAGAACCAGAUGGACAUCGUGGAGAAACGAAGAACUACCCUCCUCACUGACUUCCUACAAGUAUGAUGUGGGCUGCCCAGAUAGCUAGCAGUCUUUCUCUCCUGUGGCUCCCAAUUGCAGAAAUACUUCCAGUUUGCAUACUAGACUUGUUGCACUGAGGUUUUGGAGUACUUCGAUGGUAUCAUUGAUGGUCUCCCGUCCCUGAGAGUACAUGAAUUGGUCAAGCGAUUUCUGCGUAUCUGUAUCUCAUUAGUCCUUAAUAAUUUUGAAGCUUUAGUCGGAGUGGAUGUUUGUGUUAAGCCUGGUAUUUAUGUUUGUGACAAUGUACAUAUUUUUUUAGGUAAAGUCACGAAAUAUGGUACAUAGUAAGAGUAGUGAAUGGAUGCUGAAUGCCUUGUAGCUGGAUAGAAGUGAUACCUGCCAAUUUGCUCUUAAAAUGUUUUGCCUUUCUUAAAGUAUAUUUUUUCCAACUGUUUGCAAAUGCUUUCAACCUCAUCUGGACAGUGAAUAUAUAUUUAACAUGAGAUAGAAAAUAUAGUAAUAUAAUUGGCUUAAUUUGAUAAUAAUGAAGAGAACUUUAUCUCCUUAACAUAUUGAAAAUAUUUUUUUUUUCUUUGUUUGGCAGAUCUAUAUUUUUAAGUUAAUUGGCAUAGCAUCUUACAUUGUGAACCACUUUUAUUUUUUUAUUUUUAUUAGUUUCAAUAACCUUUUAAGGUACAUGGUGGUAUGGUUUAUCUGUAAUUGUUAGGGUUAUUUAUUUACCCCAAACAGGUAGACAAUCAUGAAUGUGCAAUUACAAAACAGAUCUAUCUACAGCCUUCUCAAUAAUGGGUAGCAGCCUGUGGAAAUACUGUUGGAAUUUACAUCUUCACACAGUCUAAUUUUACUGAUUUGUCCUUGGAAACUUGUUACGAUGGCCUAUGACUUUGCCUCCAUCAAAAGUUCUUCCCGCUGCUACAGAGACGAUUGAGAAGGCUGUACAUAAAUUAUCCUUUUUCUGUCAUACAUAAAAUUCUAAAUAGUAAUUUAUAUUUAUGUCCAUACAGACCAUUAUCUUCCCAUCAUUGAAACAAUGAACAAUCUGUACCACCAGACUGACUUAUUGUGUGCUUUUUGUGUGUUUAUUCCAAGAACAGUGAACAAAAAUGAAAGAACUUCAUGGUUUAAUUGCAAGUAUGAACAUCCCCAAUGGGGGUGAAAGUCUUGCAUAAUAUUUGUUAUUUUGAUGCUUUUCCUUGUCCUAACCCAUCCCUCAAACCCACAGAAUAUAUUUUAAUGGGGAAAAAGCUAUGAAACUUCAAAUUUAGAUGUAAGGUCAACAUAUGAGGAGAUGUUGAGGAAAACUUUUCAAUGCUGUAAGUACCAAAGGAUUUGAAUUUGAAGUGUAUUUACAUCACCGGUAUUUACAUUUAAUCAUAAAAUAAAGCUUGCAUACUCUUAGUGUUACAGCAUUAAUGUUUUUGGACAGGAAAUGAUUGUGUCUACAUACUGUUCAGAGUCUGUUGUAUUGUAUGACAAGUCUGCAAGUUUAUCUGCAAAUUAUGUCUAAAUGGAAUGCAAUGACUAAAUAAACUAUGACAAAAUUGCAAAUUUAUCUGCAGUUAUGUCUAAAUGGAAUGCAAUGACGAAAUAUAGGUAAAUUAUUAUUACCACUGUACAUUGCAGGGCAUUUCGUUUUCUACCACCAUUGUGAUAAUAAAUGGAAAUAUAUAAAAA